UACCAGAACCACCACAACACCAACAACAACCACUACAACACCAACAACCACAACUACCACAACAACCACCACAACACCAACAACAACCACCACAACAACCACCACAACACCAACAACAACCACCACAACAACCACCACAACACCAGCAACAACCACAACUACCACGACAACAACCACAACACCAACAACCACCACGAUACCAACAACAACCACUACCACAACACCAACAACCACCACAACACCAACCACAAUACCAAAAAUGACCACAACUACCACCACAACACCAACAACAACCACUACAACACCAACCACAACAUCAAAAAUGACCACCACGACAACACCAAAAACCACCACAAUACCAACAACAACCACGACCACAACACCAACAACCACCACAACACCAACCACAAUACCAAAAAUGACCACAACUACCACCACAACACCAACAACAACCACUACAACACCAACCACAACAUCAAAAAUGACCACCACGACAACACCAAAAACCACCACAAUACCAACAACAACCACUACCACAACACCAACAACCACCACAACACCAAGCACAACACCAGAAAUGACCACCAUCACAAUUUCCACACCAAUAACCACCACAAUACUAACAACAACCUCUACCACAACACCAACAACCACCACCACCACCACAGCUACCACAACACCAACAAAAACCACAAAACCAACAAUCACCACCACAAUUUCCACAACAUCAACAACAACCACCACAACCCCAAAAACAAUCGGUGCAACUAGUGGACAAAGCUCAGUACCUCCAAUUCUCCACCCAACCAAGCAUCCAAAGCCCAGUGUCUCGACCACCUCCAUCUCCAAGUCCUCUUCCCACACCAUAAGCAGUCAUUCAGUAAGCGGCCCUGCGACCCACACUGGAGUUACGAACUCUUCCUCCACCAGCAAAAAAGAUAGUAGAACAGAACCUGUUUCCACAACCAGCAACCCCUCAUCUAACCAUGGUGAAGGAGUCCCUGGCUGGGCUAUCGCUUUACUCGUGCUGGCCGCCAUCGCCAUCCUGCUCCUCAUCAUCAUAAUCAUCAUCCUGCUGGUAAGAUGGUGCUGUGUGGAUAACGAGGACGACGUUCGUUCUCUGCCACCGCAGGAACACACUCCCUAUAUGAGAACCACCUUCAGAGAGCCACUGUCUGUUCCAGCUUACAGCCCUCACACUCCGCAAAAGAACCUCUAUCCUUUCGACGAUCUAACUCAAAGCCCAAAACCUAAGCCUAACCGAACAGGGAUGUAUGUGGUGAACCCAGAGAGAUGAUGAAGUAAAGCAGCAAUGCUGUAAGUGAGAUUUUAAAGAGAUGAGAGUUGAUCUUGACGGACUGAAAAACGUGUGGAUGCCACCUGUUCAUGACGUCCGCUUGUCAACAAAACUAAUGUGUGCAUCAUGAUCUCAGGAAUAUAAAUAAGUAUUAUAGCCAGUAAGAUGAAAAUUGAUGUCAUACUAUUUAUUACCCAUGUAUUUAAAGUGCUUCUGAGGCUAGCUUUUGAAUCUUAUCUGAGGGAAAGAUUUGCAGUCACAGUUAAGCUACCUUACAAUGUUGCCUAAAAACAGCUAUAAAUGGCAGGAUUCUGGAAUUUUUAAAGAAAUUAUUGUACGUGUAAAUUGUUUCAUCUGAUUUCAUGACUUUGUAAAACUUAUAAUAGUAAAGAAUUAUUGUAAAAAUAUAAAUAUAUGUUUUAUAUUGUUGUAUUAACAUUUUAAUGG